CUUCAUCUCUUUCUCACUCACAUAUUUCCACACGAUCCAGUUUUUCACUUCUCCCAAAUUUCAGAGUUCUCUUGCUUUCUAACACUUCCUUAGGUUCAGUUCCAAUCUUAUACUCUUGUGCGCCCAAAAAAGCUUUAUCUGUAUAUACCAUAAAACAGAGCAUCUUCGUCCUCGUCCUCGUCGUCAGCUUCCUCUUCUUCUUUUGUUCAUCCAUGGCUACCAACAAGUUUGCAACAAUGUUACACAGGAACACCAACAAACCAACCCUGGUUCUUGUCUACGCUUUCCUUGAAUGGGUUCUCAUCGUUCUGCUUCUUCUGAACUCUCUUUUCUCUUACUUAAUCUUAAAAUUCGCUGAUUACUUUGGCCUCAAAAGGCCUUGUAUAUGUUGUUCUAGGAUCGAGCACAUCGUCGAGCCCAAAAAGUAUGCGAACAAGUCUUGCUUCAGAGAUCUUGUUUGUGAAUCUCAUGCCUCUGAGAUUUCCAAACUCGGGUACUGCUAUAAUCAUCGCAAACUCGCUGAAUCCGAGGAUAUGUGUGAGGAUUGCUCCUCUUCUUCUUCAUCAUCCGAAUUAGAUUAUGUUAAAAUUUCAAAGAGCUUUGGUUUCUUUCCAUGGAUGGAGCAGAAGAUAGUUAUGGUUCAGGACACUGAUGGUAGCAAGGCUUUGAAGUGUUCUUGCUGUGGGGUCCACUUAGAAAGCAGAUUACGCCCUCCUGGUUUUGCGGUCGAGCCGUUGGAU